AUGCAGACCCUGCGGCGGGAGGCUGCCCGGCCCUACGUCCCCUUGGGCACCCUUGAAGUUGACUUCCCACCCCCUCACUCCAGCGAUGACUACCUGUCCAUGGAGGGGCCUCGCUGGACACCGGCCAUCAAGCAUGGGACGCGCUGGAAGUAUUCGCCCAUGGGACGCGACGCAACCGGCCAGCUGAUGUACACCGGCCUGACCAACUCGGACCCCCGCGAAGCCUGGUACAACAUGCCCCGGGCCCUGGACAGCCCCUACCGCGAGGCCUACGCCCGCUGGCACGGCUGCUUCGACCACCGACAGCGGGGCCUGCCCUCUGCCUACACCCAGCACGUGCGCGACACCGCGUGGUACGACCCCGUGCUCCCCGCCCAGUACAAGAGCCCGAGCACCCGCUGGGGGAGCGCGCUGUGGAGAGACCGGCUCCUGCGCGGCAAGGACUACGUGGUGAACCGGAACCGGUUCGGGGAGGAGCCGCGUGGGACAUGGGACUACGUGCCGUGCCUGUCGGCGCCGCAGCGGCCGCGCUACGCCUCGCGGGCCCCGCGGACCUGGGGCCUGGAGCCCUGCUGCGUGGCGCCGCCGCCACGGUCCCUCCCUAUGCGCGCGCCCGCGUUCCGAUAA